AACCAGUUUUUUGGUAAUGUCGGAUGACGAGAGACGGUCCCAAUGAUUUGUGGCGUUAAUUAACUAAAAUUUUUGCAAAACCUUGCAAAGUUUGUUUUAUAUUUAAUAUAUUUUAGAUUAUUAGUCCCACAAGCUUUCGGGACAAUACUUUUUACGCGGCGAAACGGUAAAUUUUGCGAGUUUAUAACCUAUUUUUGUGGGUUAUCGUAAUUGCUGUAAUUUGUGAAGAGGAAUUAUUCAGUUCUGUGUUAAUGCGUGCGCUGUUUAUAUUUAUUUAAAGUUCAUGGUUUGUUACGCGUCGUGCGCGUGUUUUGUUGCGAAAGUGGCUGUUUAAUAUGUGAUACAUCGGAGAAAAUGUAUUUGGUUGUGGUCAGGCCAGAUACUGUGUGUUUUUGUGGUGCUAUUCGGAUGCUCCCGUAGGAUUGCGAUGUCCAGGCUCGUGGACUACUUCGUCAUAGUGGGCUUCGACCACGAGAAAGAAAGAGGAGGACUGAGCAACGGCGUAAUACUACAGAGGUUCCCGGAGACCAACUGGGAGGACACACCCUUUCACGACGGCAUAGAAUGGUUCUGCCAGCCGCAAGGAUGGGCGCUGUCGACGGAGCGCUCGGAGCCGCGCUUCUACGUGUCGGUGCUGACGGACGUGGACGCCAACCGGCACUACUGCGCGUGCCUGUGCUUCAACGAGACCGUCGCCAUCACGCCCACCAAGCCCGCCGACGAGGACGAAGAAUCCCUGGACGGCAGCCGACCGGUUACCAACAUCACGCACCACAGCAUCAUGUACGCACCAAAAUGCCUCGUCAUCGUCUCAAGACAAGACUACAUCGACACAUUCCGGAACUGCCUCGGCAUAAUCUACACGGUGUGGGUUGAGAACCUUGGCGUACCGCUGGAGACGUUGGUCGGCAACCUGCUGGGCUGCGUGCUGGUGCCGCCGGCGGGCGGGCCGCAGGUGCGGUUCAGCAUCGGCGCGGGCGACCGGCAGGCGCUGCAGCCGCCCGCCGCGCCGCCCAUGCCCGUCACGCACACCGCCGUGCACAUGCUGUUGCGGUUACUGGGUAUCCACAACGCGGUGACGCUGUGGUGCGCGGUGAUGAGCGAGCACAAGGUGCUGCUUCUGUCACUAGCGGCGGCACGGUUAGCGGCGGCUUGUCGAGCUCUGGCCGCGCUCAUGUUCCCGUUCCGCUACGCCCAUGUCUACAUCCCGCUUCUGCCCGCCGGGCUGGCCGAGGUCCUGGCCACGCCCACGCCCUUCCUCAUCGGCGUGCACUCCAGCUUGAAGGAGGAAGUCUCCGAGUUGCUAGACGUUAUAGUAGCUGACUUGGACGUGGGCUCCCUCCACAUACCGGCAGGCGUGAACAUCCCCCAACCGGAGGGCAAGCUGCUGUCCUCCCUCCAAGAGGCCCUGGCGCUGGUGCUGCAGCCGGAGCUCAAGUCCGCGGAUUCGGCCUUCGCCCCUCCCGCUCCUUCCUCUUCCCCACCUCAUAUGCUCGAUAAGGAGAUCCGAGCGGUUUUUAUGAGGACUCUAGCCAAAUUAUUACAGGGUUAUAGGCACUGCCUGACGAUAAUCCGGAUCCACCCCGCGCCGGUGCUCACGUUCCACAAGGCGGGGUUCCUGGGGGCGCGUGGGCUGGCGCAGUGCCCCUUCGCCGUGCGUCUGCUGGACUCCAUGUUCUUCAACGGGCUGGUGGCGGAGCGCGGCCCGCCCUGGCGCCCCACCGACAUAUGGGACGAAUUAGUACAAAAUCUCCCCGAACAACAAAGGCUAGAGUCCCUGAACCCAGAGCUAGAGCUGCAGCAUUUGCAGGAGUUGGCCAUGCAGUUGCACCUAAACGAGAACCCCAACCCACAGGCGUACUCGCAGCGCGUGCUGCGGCCGCCGGAGGGCGCGUCGGCGCGCAUCCACCAGCCGCCGCUGCCGCGCCUCGACGCCGCGCGCGUGCACGACGUCAUCGAGGAGGUCACCGCCAGGAACGCCAACAACCCCAAACUAUCUGCAAUACGGUUACCGGCGCCUAGGAUCAUCCCCCCAGGCGCGCCGCCCACAGGCGCGGCCGAACACACGCAGCUGUUGCUUACAAAUUCGGCGAGGCGAUUGGAGGUGCUCCGGUCGUGCAUAGCCGCCAUAUUCGAGUGCCGGUACGCAGACGCGCGCAAGUCGUUCCCGGGCGUGCUGCGCGCGCUGCGGGCGCCGUCCGCGCGCUCGGCGCUCGUGCGCGACCUGGCCGCGCGCCUGCCCACCAACAAGCAUCUGCUGCAGCACCACCAGUUCGAGCUCGUCGUGCGGUUGCUGAACUGCGCGUUGCAGUCAGCCAGCGCGCUGGACGAGCACUCGAUAGCGGCGGCCAUCUUGCCGCUGGCCACCGCCUACUGCCGCAAGCUGUGCACCGGCGUCAUCCAGUACGCCUUCAUGUGCAUACAGGAGCACCAAGUGUGGACGUCGCAGCAGUUCUGGGAGGCGGCCUUCUACCAGGACGUGCAGCGCGAUAUCAAGGCGCUCUACAUUCCCAGCCCCACGCACCACCAUCGGAUACCCAGUCCGAGGGAGGACGACGAAUACAUAUCAUUGUUGAAGGCACAAGAGCCGAGCGCGUUGGAAAUAGCCGCCGAGCAGAUGAGACUGUGGCCGACUUUACCUCAAGAGAAACAACGCGAGCUAAUAGCCAGCGAGGAGUCAACGCUGUACAGCCAGGCGAUCCACUACGCGAACCGCAUGGUGUACCUGCUGCUGCCGCUGGAGGGCGCGGGGCGGCGGGCGGACGCGCGGGGGGACGACGCCGACCGCGCCAGCAAUAGUAUUACCAACAGCGUCGCAGAAUCUGACAGCGCAGACGCGGAGUCGGGCUUCGAAGAAGCGGACCCUGGUGAAGCGGGCAACAACGUUAUAAAGAUGGUGUCUAGAUUCGUUGACAAGGUGUGCACGGAGGGCGGGGUGACGGCGGAGCACGUGCGCUGCCUGCACCAGAUGAUCCCGGGCGUGGUGCAUAUGCACCUGGAGACGCUGGACGCGGUGGCGCGCGAGAGCAGGCGCCUGCCGCCCGUGCAGAAGCCGCGGAUAGCGUGGCCGGCGCUGGUGAGCGGCGAGGCGGGCGCGGGCACGGCUCUGCGCGCGCUGCUGCUGGCGGACGGGCGCGGCGCGGCGCUGUCGCAGCUGCUGCCGGCCGAGGGCGCGCUGUUCCUCACCAACUACCGCCUGCUGUUCAAAGGCGUGCCCCUGGACCCGUACGCGUGCGAGGCGACGGUGGUGCGCAGCUUCCCGCUGAGCGCGCUGACGCGGGAGAAGGGCGUGCGGGCGGCGCACGCGCACCUCGAGCACGCACUGCACGACGGACUGCAACUGCGCGCCGCCACAUUCCAGCUUAUUAAGGUAGCACUAGACGAGGAGGUGAGCAGCGAGCAAGCGGAGGCGUUCCGCAAGGCGGUGGCGCGGCUGAGGCACCCGCCGCACCCGCUGCUGCACUUCGCGCUGGCGCCGCGCGCGCCGCCGCCCGCAGACCUCGCGCAGCCCAAGCACCACACCCUUAAAGGCUUCGCCAAGAAGACGCUGCUGAAGACGGCGCGGCGCGCGGGGCUCAAGCCCAAGCCGUCCAAGCGCCAGAAGUACGUGCUGCCGUCCGCGGACGCGCGCUCGCUGACGUCACCGCCACUCAUGUCCUCUCUAUCCGCUGACACGUUGUCACUGGAGGAGCUAGAGUUAGCGGGCGCGUGCGGCGCGGGCGUGGGCGCGGCGGAGGGGCUGGACACGCACGCGCGCUCGCUGGAGCGGGUGCGCGAGCGCGUGUACGCGCGCGACUGGGCGCGCGUCGGGCUCGCGGCGCCGCCCUUCCGUCUCGCGCACGCCAACGCGCUCUACACCCUGUGUCGCAGCUAUCCUGCAGUGGUUGCCGUGCCGGAGAGCAUAUCGGACGAGUCUCUGCGCAGGGCCACGCGCUGCUACCGACAGAGCAGAGUGCCGCUGCUGACAUGGCGACAUCCGCGGACCGGGGCGCUGCUGGCGAGAUCAGCCGCGUCACAUCACAAGGGCGUGAUGGGCAUGCUCAAGUCUUCCAGCCACCAGACGCCGGGCCCGGCGCAGGGCGGCACAGAGACCACCUCCAGUUUAGAACAAGAAAGAUACCUCGCUACCCUGGUAGCCCUGACGCCGGCCUCGCGAGGCGAGCUAGAGGACUCUAGCCUCAGCCUGGACUCGUUACUGCUGUGCUGUGAGGAUCAGCAACAGCACAAUCACACGCCGCUGCUGAGUAAAGCUGCCGGCACUCUUGGGGUGCUGGGUCGCGGCAGCGGCGGCAAGGGCGGCACGAGCGCGGCGCGGCACUUCGGGCGCUGGGGCUCGCUCAAGGACCGCCGCCAGCCCUCGCACCUCGACCUCUACGUGCCGCGCCAGCGACUGUCCACCGCUGAUCUUGACUCUGUGUCGGGCGACGGCGGCGGCGGCGGCAGCACGCGGCGCGCGGCGCUGUACGUGCUGUCGGAGAAGGGUGCGGGCGCGGGCUGCACGCUGGCGGGCGCGGAGCCGGUGCCCGUGGAGUACCCCGACGCGCGCGCCACCAAGCACUCGUUCAAGAAGCUGCUGCGAGCGGCCGCGCCGUCCGCGCCGCAGAGCCCCGACGAGCCCGGCUUUUAUAGACUAGUGGAAGAGUCCGGAUGGCUGUGGCAGCUGCGCCAGCUGUUCCAGCUGUCGGGCGCGGUGGUGGACCUGCUGGACGUGCAGGGCUCCUCCGUGCUGCUGUCGCUCGAGGACGGCUGGGACGUCUCUGCGCAGAUAUCAUCCUUAGCACAAAUCUGCCUCGACCCCUACUACCGAACGCUGGAAGGGUUCCGGAUAAUGGUGGAAAAGGAGUGGCUCGCUCUGGGCCACAAGUUCCAGCAGAGGUCGAACCUGGCCGCGACGCCGCAGCAGGGGUUCACGCCCACCUUCCUGAUGUUCCUUGAUGCCGUACAUCAGCUGCAAAAGCAGUUCCCUCUGGCGUUCGAGUUCAACGACUACUACCUGCGCUUCGUGGCGUACCACAGCGUGUCGUGCCGCUUCCGCACCUUCCUGUUCGACAGCGAGGCGCAGAGGGCCGAGCUGGGGCUGGCUCCGGCCGACGAGCGCAGGGUGGACGCUUCCCGGCUGGGUGUGGAAACGGGUGGUUCAGGCGGAGCGGGUGGUGCGGGUGGCGAGGGGGAGGACGGUCGAGCCUCCCUCGGACUGUUCGAAUACAUCGAGAGGUUACACCAGCGCUCUCCGCUGUUCUACAACCUUCUAUACACGCCCGACCUUGACAAUCCAGUGCUUCGGCCAGUGAGCGCUGUGAGCAGCCUGGAAGUGUGGGAGUACUACGUGAGCGAGGAGUUGUCGCACGGAGCGCCGUACGAGCCCGACCUGUGGCCGGACGAGCGCGCCGCGCCCGCGCAGCGGAGGCUCGUCGUGGCGGGGUAUGACAGCAUAUCGCGGUGUAUGCCGGACGCGUUCACCGGGCUGCUGGAGCGGCUGCGCCAGCUGGAGCUGGAGCUGGGCCACCUGCCGCAGAAGUGGCGCGUGCGCUGGGACCAGCUGGAGCUGCCUAACACCUUGGAGCUGCAGCGCAACGCAUCAAUGUGCAGCGGCGUGGUGCGGCGCGCGACGGCGGCGGCGCACCGGCGGAGCACCCUGGAGGUGCUGGCGCGCGCACGCCUGGCCGCCGCGCCCGCGCCGCCCGCGCCCGCGCACCGCUGGGCGCCCGCGCCCGCCGCCGCGCCCGCGCGCUGCGACCACUGCGCGGACCUGCUGUGGGGGCCGCUUGAGACCGGCGUGCGGUGUGUGGACUGCGGCGCCGCGUGCCACGAGCGCUGCGCCGAAGCGCUGGCUUUGCCGUGUACGCGGUACAAGGCGCCCCCGCCCGCUGACCGCGACCGUGACCGAGCUGUUUCCUCAGGAGUGGCGACGCUGCAGUCGUCGUCGCAGCAGUACUACGAGCAGUUCUCGUCCAACGUGGCCGAGAACCGCACGCACGAGGGCCACCUGUACAAGCGGGGCGCGCUGCUCAAGGGCUGGAAACAGAGGUGGUUCGUCCUCGACUCAAUAAAGCAUCAGCUGCGAUAUUACGACGCGAUGGAAGAUUCCCAUUGUAAAGGAUUCAUUGACCUAGCGGAAGUGCUGACGGUGACGCAGGCGGCGCCCGCGCCCGGCCCGCCUAAGAAAUGCGACGAGCGCUCCUUCUUUGAUUUACGAACGAGCAGACGAACGUACAACUUCUGCGCGAGCGACGCGAACGCUGCGCAGGAGUGGACGGAGAAGUUGCAGGCGUGUCUGCAGUGAACGCGACACGACUCACGACACGACUCGCGACACGACACGUCGUGCGACACCAAAUGGACUAUAUUAUUACGUGUAUGUUAACGAAAUGUGUCUCAAGCUUUAGAUAUUUACUGUGUAUUUAUGUUUUUAUUUGUCAAUUAUAUAUCGAAAGUUAAUAUAAAUAAAUGAAAAUGCUACCCGUUUGAAUUGGUUUCGAUUCGUUUUAAGCAUGAUAUAGGCAUGGACGCUACCUAAUUAGCCAUCUUUUUUUUGAAGCUUAGUUUUUCUAUCUUAAGUAAGAUUAACCGUAUGUACGAUUAUUAAUUCCAGUCAGUAAAGUGACAUUUUGACUUGAAUUAAUAAUCAUACUAUACUUUACCUAAAAUUACGAUAACUAUUUCAUUUCGUUGAAACUAAAAAAAACGAUGUAGUGACUCAUUAUUUGAAUGGUACACCCAGAUACAUAAUAGGCAUGCAGAUUUGUACACAAAAUAUACUUAGAGGCACAAUUAUCCGCCCUCUUUAAUAUGACGCGAGUACAUUAAAGUGGGCGGAUAAUUGUGCCUCUGAUUACAUGUAUUUACAAAAUUCUCAUUUUACAGUUAGUGUGCAAAGGCGGUCUUAUCGCUAAAAAUAUCUCCCAGACAACCUUUGGUGAGAAGAAUUAAUUAAAUUAAACUAGGUAUUGAAUAGUUACAAACACUGUACUGAGUUUUUCGAAUUUAAUGCUAAUUUUUUUGUAGCUUAAAUCUCUUGACAUAUCAAACAGAGGAAAGAUUAACUAUUUAACUUAUAUUUAAUGUAGCAAAUUCCUCGUGGUUUUACCUACGUAGUUCCCGUCCCCUCGGGAAUACGAUGUAAAAAUAUAACCGGUUACUCGCUGAUGAUAUAGCUUUUAUCGGUGUAAUUAUUUUUAAAAUCGGCCUUGUAGUUUCGGAGACUAUUCGCUACUAAUAAACAAAAAAGUCUUUCUUCUUUAUAAUAUUAGUGUAGAUUAAAGGCAUGAGGCAUAUUAUCUUGUCUCGGCAUGAAGAGGGCAGGGGAAGCGAAUUCUUUUUCCCUUCCCUUGACUGCAAUCUCACCUGAUGGUAAGUGAUGAUGCAAUCUAAGAUGGAAGUGGGCUGACUUGUUAGGAGGAAAAUGAAAAUCCACACCCCUUUCGGUGUACGUACCGUAAAUCGCAUCGCAUAAUGCAAUAUUUAUGACUUUUCCGAACCUCGUCCGUUAAGGUGCGCGUUAUAAGAUUUCAGGUAUCGUAGGGUCUUGAUGUGUGGGUCUUCUCCCUUAAAAUGGGCGGGGGUAGGGGCCUUAAGGCUUCGCCUCCUGGUCGAGGGGGAAUCUAGCUCCCCCGGUAAACUCUUCCAAGCGAUUUGAGCACAACGGAUAGCAAUUGCUAGCUAUCCUGCGCAGGGGCGGUGUUAGAUCCGGUAGGCGGCGCGACUGCGAUGUCGUGACUAUCCAGCGUCAGGGCAGUGUCAGAUCCGGUAGGUGGCGCGACUGCGAUGUCUUGACUAUCCUGCGUCAGGGCGGUGUCAGGUCCGGUAGGUGGCGCGACUGCGAUGUGUUGACUAUCCUGCGUCAGGGCGGUGUCAGAUCCGGUAGGUGGCGCGACUGCGAUGUGUUAACUAUCCUGCGUCAGGGCGGUGUCAGAUCCGGUAGGUGGCGCGACUGCGAUGUCUUGACUAUCCUGCGUCAGGGCGGUGUCAGAUCCGGUAGGUGGCGCGACUGCGAUGUGUUGACUAUCCUGCGUCAGGGCGGUGUCAGAUCCGGUAGGUGGCGCGACUGCGAUGUGUUGACUAUCCUGCGUCAGGGCGGUGUCAGAUCCGGUAGGUGGCGCGACUGCGAUGUCUUGACUAUCCUGCGUCAGGGCGGUGUCAGAUCCGGUAGGUGGCCCGACUGCGAUGUCUUGACAAUCCUGCGUCAGGGCGGUGUCAGAUCCGGUAGGUGGCGCGACUGCGAUGUGUUGACUAUCCUGCGUCAGGGCGGUGUCAGAUCCGGUAGGUGGCGCGACUGCGAUGUCUUGACUAUCCAGCGUCAGGGCGGUGUCAGAUCCGGUAGGUGGCGCGACUGCGAUGUCUUGACUAUCCAGCGUCAGGGCGGUGUCAGAUCCGGUAGGUGGCGCGACUGCGAUGUCUUGACUAUCCUGCGUAGGGGCGGUGUCAGAUCCGUUAGGUGGCGCGACUGCAAUGUCUUGACUAUCCUGCGUCAGGGCGGUGUCAGAUCCGGUAGGUGGCUCCGCGGCGACUGCGAUGUCAUGACUAUCCUGCGUCAGGGUAUUGUCAGAUCCGGUAGGUGGCGCGACUGCGAUGUCAUGACUACCCUGCGUCAGGGCGGUGUCAGAUCCGGUAGGUGGCGCGACUGCGAUGUCUUGACUAUCCUGCGUCAGGGCGGUGUCAGAUCCGGUAGGUGGCUCCGCGGCGACUGCGAUGUCAUGACUAUCCUGCGUCAGGGUAUUGUCAGAUACGGUAGGUGGCGCGACUGCGAUGUCUUGACUAUCCUGCGUCAGGGCGGUGUCAGUACCGGUAUUUGCGUCGUCACUUUCGUCGCCAUCGUCGCCGUAUGUGCCUGCGACUGCAGGUUUUGCCACUUGGAGGAGCUCCUGAUAUAGAGAACGCCCCCUAUCCUAUAGUAAGAGAUGCCUCACUAGUGUGGCAUCACCCCGCGCGCGCCUUCACCUAUAGUGAGGCAUCACCCCGCGCGCGCCUUCACCUCACCCGCUGUCGCCAUACGCGUCGACUUUAUGUAUGACUUGUCCGUUGUGAUAGCUAAAUUCCGAGACGUCAUAUAGAUUGCGUCCGACUAUAUGCCUUGUGAACUAUUUCUCUUGUUACAAUGGUUUACCACUUACCAUCCGGUAACUAAAUAUUACUUAAAUAAACCCAAAUGAAACCUAGCAAUGUAAUUAUUUUUUUUCUUUUUGACCAGUCAAAUUGGGUAACAAUAUUUUCGAGCCGACGUAAGAGUUAACAAUAUUUAUACAACUUUUAGCGGACUCAGAAGUGAUUACUAAAAUAAGAAAACUAAUGUCGAACAAAGGUUAUUGAUUCACAACAUUUGUCAGGACAACUUAAUUAACAAACUGUAACCAAAAUAAGACAAUAUGAACCUAUGACCCUAGAAUGGCAGAGAAUGACCUUGAGUGAAGUCACGCACUUGUGAGCUGUGUGUAGGGUUUAAGGUACCUUUGACUGUUGACAAACACUCCCCUUUUCCACUCAAGUCACUUUCUCCGUCUAUCCCAAGUAGCCCAUAAAGAAUUACACAACAAGAGAUGUGGACGGCUCGAACGCCACGAGCACACUGAAGCCGUCCAUACCGCAAGUCGUUGCAACGCGGCGAUAACACAACAAAUUAAAUUAUCAGGAUGUUACUUGGCGCGCGUCUUAUAAAUACAGGUCGUGAAAGGAAUUAGACUCAAUAUCGAAAGGGCAAAAAAUCGUAAACAAACUAAGCAUUCACUAUUUUUUGGCUAACUUGUUUGUUUGGACUAAUUAUAGGUAUCUGAAUGCAAAUCAUUGUCAAUAUUAGUAAAGGCACUAUUAACGCCCCUUUGGCGCCUCGUUAAGUAAGGCGCUAAGUUUCCUCAACGGAUUUUCUAUUUUCAUAACAGCUUUCCGUUAUCCGUCCCUGGUGUACUAGUAAGUUAGGCUACGGAUUCAUUAUAACGAUGUUUCAAUGUUGUAAUGGAGUUUCGUCGUUGGUAUCAUUAGUCUAUUGCUUGGCCUUUUUUGAUAUAACUAAAUGUUAAAAGGAUAUAUCGGAUUUUAUAUUAAAAUUAAAUGUUGUGACUAUGGUCACAGCUCAUUAGAACAACAUAGCACCCAACACGCACCGGUGAUCCGGCGAGGCUCCAGUGCUAUGUUAUGCGUUGACAAGCGCUGUUUGUCAAAUGUCAAGCCUAUUUGUAGACUCUACUACGAGUUGCUAAGCUAUUCUGUAUAACUUUGUCGACGGUGUAAGUCUCUAGUUCGUCACAAUCUAUUUUUAUCUAACACAUUAUAGAUAGGGAGAGAUAGAGACGAAUUCGUUACUCACACUGUCUAGUUAUAUGAACAUUGAUACAGAAUUACUUAUUGGGAGCUCUAAUGAGCUAUGAACCUUGUAAACUCAAUAAAAAGUACCUACACUCAACUCAAUGAUAAUGAAUAAUGUUACAUACAGUCUGUGCAGUAAAAUAUCAUUGAGCAAAGUUGGUAAAGGGUAUGCGGUUAUUUUAUAUUGCAUAAUUCAUGGACUUAAGAUAAGUCUCGCUGCCGCUCGAUAGCGAAACUCGAAAGAAAUGUAUUACGAGUAUAUGGCAUACUCCAUUGUAAUUAUUAACGCACAUGUAUUGGAAAAAUACUAUGGAACAUGUUUCUUCGUAGACAGUGAAGUCAAUAGACAACUAAUUGAUGAACAAGAGAGUAAGUAAAAAAAAUAUGAUUUUUUAUAUAAGUGCCAAAAUACUACACUGAAACACGCGGUUUAACCCGCGUAAGUUUCUUUCCCGUUGGAAUAAGUGAAAGAAUAUAGCAUGAAUACGUGCUAUAUUCUUUCACUCAGGGAUAAUGUAGGAUUGUAAUGGUAAAAGAAUUUUCAAAUCUGUCCAGUAGUUCAGAGCCCAUUCAAUGCAAACAAAGAAACAAUCAAAUCCUUUCCCUUCAUAAUAUUAGUAUAGGCAAAGUGGUAACUUGUAAUAAGGAAAAAGUUGAAGCUGUAACUUCGUGCUCUUAUUAAAUUUAUUUUUGUUUGGACCUUAAUUUUGCCUGAAAUACUUGUUCUCUUGUGAUUGAAUACGAUGGAUAUUUUCGAUUUGUCUAUUAACUUCUCUGUCUACGGUUUUCCUCUUAUUGCUUAAUCUUUAAUCGAGAAAUUACGGCGACGCGAAAUAUUUUAAUUGUUAGUACAAGAGUCCAUGCAGUAAACUGUUAGAGGUUUUUUUAUAAUGAUGGUUUUGUAUUUAGGUUGAUGCUUUGAUAAACUUCAAUCUUUUUUAUUUUUCUCUAGUCUUUAUUUAUCUUUUUAUGAGAUAUUUCUGAGAUUAUAUGAAUUAUUUUUUCUAUGGGCUAUGAUAUAAUUGAUUAGGAAACAUUUUAGGAUGGUGUUGAAUCAUAAUCAUCAUCAUUCAUUUGCAUGGACUUCCAAACACAACGCUCUUAAGUCGCCAGCAUCCAACGGCUCCCUACAACCCGCUUGAUGUGCUCGAUCCACCUAGUGUUAGAUUACCUUAGUAAAAUGCUGUUGGGUUUAAAUUUUCUUGUAACCUUUGUUGAUUUGGUGGUUUGCAUAUAUUUAUUCAUAAAUGUUGCUGAAAUUUGCUUCAUUUACUGAAAUUUGUGGUGGAUACAGUGAUCGAGCGGCUACAUAAAGUCUUCAAAUCUCUAAAUAUGUAUUUACGAACGCCUAAACAGACUUGGUAAAAUAUAAGACUGCACCGAGAUAGAUCAUACGCUCAAUCAUAUAAAAGGGCACAAAACUUUUACAGGAGAAACGAAACGUUUUACGACGACGAAAUUAAUUAAAGUAUCAUGAAACUAUAAUACUCAUCUAGACUCAUCUAUUUGAAUACAAAUUAUUUGACAGUGUAAUCUGCAAAGACUCGUCAAUGUUUAUAAAGUUUAUGAAACACCUCUCACAGUUUACUCGUUGGGUUCUUGGACUAUAUUAUGUAUUUCUUAGUAGUUAGACAAAUAGUCUAAAAUAUAAUAUUGUUACGUUGAAUAUUUGUACAUAUUUUAUAUUAAUUAAUUAAUUAUUAUUAAUAAUAAUUAUUGUUAUGAAAGACUUCUGUUCCAUUAUAUUAUUAAAAUAUUUCCGUUUUUAAUAUAAUUUUAUAUUAUUCUUAAAUAUAAGUUGUACCUAAUUCGUGUACAUUUUCUAUAUUCAGAUUGCAACCCAUAUAAAAAUAUAUUAGAUUUUAAACGAUUAAAACUGGAAUUGUAAAUUGCAAUUAAUGCUCAAUUAACAAGAGAACCACUUAUCAGCACGUUCUAAUGCUAUUAAAACUACGCAAUGUAUUCCAUUGCGUUUUAUAGAAUCUUCACGAGGGAACUAUAUCUAUAAUAUGGGUGGUAGAGAGAUAUAGACACAAACUCGAGGUUCACAUUAUCGAUUUAUACUCGUAAUAACAUGUUACAGACAUAGACGUAAUAAAUAGGCAGACGGUGUCUAGCUGUGAGACAACUGAAUCACCAUAAUGGCGCUGAUUACUCGUGUGUAAUAACUUAACACUUGGCUACCAAGCAUAAUCAAUCAAACACAUUACAAAAAAUAUUCGAGCCAAGUGUCAAGUUAUUCCGCACUAGCUGUAUAUGUGAGCGCGCAAUGUUGAUAUUAAUAGCACUCGGUCGGGCCGAAUAUGGUUUGAAUGUUUGCGUGCUCGGCUUGUGCGUACAUACGAACGGAGCCGAAUAUGAGUGCCUCACUUUUUAGUUCAGUGGCACUAACAUUAGACCAUGUGACGGGAAAUAAAGCAAAUAUAAAGAAAAUAAAAUAUCGGAGUAGACCCAAUCGCAUAUCUUUCUUCCCAACGCAAUGAAAGAGAUAGCGGUAUUAUUUCACGAAUGUCUCUUCAAAAUUAUCUCGUCGGUCGCAUAUUAGCGCCAUAGAAAACGGUGUCUGCCUGUUUAUUGUGUCUAUGGUUACAGCAUAACGCUAGUGAACCAAUUCAUGUUGAUGCGACUUUGUUACUCAUUUUAUUAGUAUUGGCUAGAGUAGUUUUUUUUUGCAAAGGUAAAAGUAGAAUGAAAAAUUAACAACAAAUUAUAUUUACUGUGAAUAAGUGACUGAUCUACGUAUGGUGGUACAUCUAUACAAAUACUAACAUAUUUUUUUUUUGUUAUUAAUAAUAUGUUAAAGAAUUAAAAAUUAGGCGAGUUUCACGCAGUUCUUAUGAAAGGUAGUGAUCACCACAUUACCACUUCCUUCCCGAACGGUUAUCUAAGCCUAGGUCCGAGUCUCAGAGGAGACGCUCUUAGAGAGUCGUUCCGCCCAUCUACUCUGCUUCUGCCUUCGGGCUUCAUCAGGCGAUGCUUCUGCGCUCGCCCAAACCCCCCGGUGACGCCGCUGAGGUCCCAUAAGGAGCCUACGACACUUACACAAUCAGAAAAAAAAAAUAUUACCAUGCAAAGUUUACAUCAUACACAGAAUCAUGGUUUCAUUUUAUGUUGUUCCAAAAAAACUCAUUAUUUAAAAAUAAUCAUUUAUUUUCGUUUAAUUAAUCUGUGUGUCCCUGCUACACGGAAUAUUCAAUUUUUCACAAAAAAUAACAUAUAUUUGUUGUUAAUUUGUACAUUAUAUUGAUUGUUUUGUAAAUACUUGUCUGUAUGUACCUAUACUGUAUAUUGUAUUCUAUGUUAUCUAUGUAUGUUACGAUACUGUUGUUGGUAUGUAAAGGUGUAUAAAGGUCUAUUGUAAGAGUCAUAUAAAGGUUAGAACGCGCACAAAAAGAUAUUUGAGAGUGCUAUAACUAGCAUAUACAGUUUUCAUGCGUUUAAACUCUGUAAUGACAACCAGGGGAACUAUUUAAAAGAGACAGAGACAUCUCCUUUAUAUACCUUUAUUUAUUUUAUUUUCAGUGUAUUAAGUUUUUUUUAGAUAAGCCAAAACAAUUAUAAAUAAAUUAUUAAAAUCUAUCGAUCAAUACAAAUCUUUCCCUUGAAAAUACUAAUUUGAGAACUAUAAUAAAUAAGACAUAGAUAACACAAAUAUCGAAUAAUAGUAAUCAUUAUUUAGCUAAUUCAGUGACUAUGUUAUCCAUUCAAAUUGCAAAUAAUGCAACUCGCAAGCGGUAAUAGUUUUAAUUUUACUCAGGAGACUCAUUUCUUGACUAGACUAUUAAUUAUUAUUAUUUUAAUUACAAAAUACAGAUAAAGAUAGUCAUUAGUCAUGUUUUAUUGACAUCACCAAUAUUUAUUUCUUUCAUCAUCAUCAUCAUCAUCAUCAUCAUUAUCAACCCAUAUUCGGCUGCUGAUCUCGAGUCUCCUCUGAGAAUGGGAGAAGUUAGGCCAACGGAUUGCCAGACUUCACACACGCAGAGAAUAAAAUAAAUUCUCUGGUAUGCAGGUUUCCAAUUUUAAUUAAAAUUAAAAUGGUAAUUUCACAUGUUUCCUUGAUUCUGAUAUUUAAAGUGUGACACAAACUCGAUUUCAUAAACGAGGCUUUACGGCAUUUAAUUAUUAAGGUCGCAGCUCAUUAGAGCCACCCGCACCUUAUCGUAGCAAGCAAUAAUCGACCAUAGACAAGAAAAUAUUUUUUCAUCAAUUAAAAUAGGAAUAACUGUACAAUAAAUACAAGAUGUAAUCUGAAUUAUGACAGUAGUGUCACAAAUAAUAUUACCGUAUAUUGAAACUAAAAAUACUAAAGAAAAACCGCGUAAGUAGGUAAGUCUUCAUCCGCGUGGACAACAGAGAGGAGCGAUGAUAACAUGUCGAUCAACUUAAGAACCUCCUUUUGAAGUCUGUUAAAAAACAAAACGUCUGCCGCCCGUAUUACACUUCCUCCUCUCUGACGUCACUCUGUGUAUGACGACUUUAUGACGAGACUCUGACGUCACAUCUCCGUAGGUAUCUCGAAACGAGGACUUAUUUAUGUCGUUUGUCUUUAAAUGUCCGUGUAUCAUAAGAUGUAUUUUAAUAGCAUAAAAAAGACUACCAGGAUAGAUUGAUUAUACCACGUUAAGUAUCGGUGUAUUUAUCUUUGACGUAAAUUUUGACAUGUUCUCAAAGUUAACUUUGACGUCAGGAAAAAGGAGUGAAAAUAUUUACAAUGGCAUAUAGAAUCACCAUGUAUACGUUUUACUAAUUAUGUACAUUAUUUUAACAUAUCGCAUUAACUGUGUUUGAAUCGAUUAUGUUAGAAGAAAAAAGAGGUAGAUAGGUUAUAUGCGGACUGCAAGUGGCACGGUAAAACUAUGCUAAUUAGCAAACCUGAGCUCAGUCGUCGCACUGUCAAUAUUCUUCUGUCUAUCUUUUCUUUCUUUCAUUCGCUAAAAAAAAUUUCGUGUGCCAUAAACAUCGAAUGUAGUUUAAGUAACCUGUCUACAUUUAUUUUCUCUUUUGACAUCAUUGAUUUGAAUAGUGUUUAUGAGGCGAAGACUUGACGCUCAUUCAUAGACAGUACAAGUACAAUUUCUGAACUAUUAAACUACACGUCAGGUUAAAAAAAUUACACUUUAUAUAGAUUUGCUUGAACCCUGACCGCCAUGUAAUCUAUGUAUGUAUAUGAAUUAAGCGAAGCGGUUUUAAGAAGGUGCUUUGGGUCUUAUUGGAAUUUUUCUAAUCCAGCCAAUAUUUAUUGCUGUCGCAAAAUUCUUUAAGUUUUGUUUUUACUGGUCAUUAAAGUUCCGAAGCGUUAAGCUAUGAUUUUUGACUGGUUUAGAAGGUACCUAGAUAUUCGUAAACUACUGAAUAUUCUUGUUUUUUCGAAGCACCUGUUACAACUGCAUACUCAGCUGGUUUUAGGUAAUGGACUGGCCACGGGAACUCGCGACGUAAAUAGCAAAGCCACUUGCUGUUGAAAUAUCCUCUCCGAUCAUUUUUAUACCAGUUUAAACGAGCAGAUAGCUCGGUAUACGCAUAUAAUAUCAAUUUUACGCGCAAAAAAUACUCCAUUUUUAAUUAUUAACUUAACAACGAUUUUGGUAUCACUUUAAAAGUAUUGCCAAAAUCGUUGUACUAUACACAUUAUGUCUACCUAUAGGUUCUUCUUCUUAUUCUCUACCUAUAGGUUAUAGGAGUCGGUUGUUUUAGUUUGACAAGCCAUUCGAGAUCAUUUGCUAUUUCAUACUAUCGACUAUAGGUAUAUUACGAAAUUCCUGUGACCAGUACGUACUUGAUUUAAAUUAUGACCAAAUUAAGUUCAAAAUUGUAGUAACGAACAUAUGUGUAACCGAGCCCGACGCUGUACGACGUGAUAUUCAACACAUGUACCUACAGCUCGAUAAGUUAUUAUUUUAUUAAUUAUAAUUAAUGAUAUAGUGAAGCUUGUACCGCGUCGGGCUGAGACCGUGUAUCAGUGCACUGCAUACAAUCGAAAUAAAGAGAUUUUUAAAAGGAA